UGGCAUCCACAAAAUAAGUUUCUCCUAAGACCAGCAACAGUCCUAGUUUAUGUCCCGAACUUGUCCAGCUUCGACCAGUCUGAAGAAAUCAGAUUCUGGCGAUUAUCUUUGCAGUACGAUUGCGACAAGGGAAAGCUUAUGCAGGUGACGACUAGUGCAUCUUAGCGUAGGCUCCACUAGUCAGUACAGUUCUGAGGCUUUUCCAUCUAAAGCUCUGGAGUUGUUAGUUGCUUCAGACACGACGUAUGCCAGGUUUAUCGCCCAUCGGGAUUAUGGCAGCAAUCGCCCCAGGGGGUGCUUUAAGUAUGGAAGACGGUAGACGUUUCCAGGAUGCAGACGUGUCAGCACUAGGACAGGGGUUAACGCCUUUUUCGUGGCUUAGCAACACCAUGAUCCCUGAAGCUGAGGACGAAAGCUCUCAUGAGAGUCCGUUGACACCAUUCGAUGGUGGUUGCGCCUUACCAGAGACGUGCUUUGCCGUACAGCCACGCUGCGCCGUUAUGAGCGUUAAGGCAACAUCCGCCAGCAAUUCAUUGGGAUUGAUGAGACGUAGCUUCACCUGCAACCUGCUUCCGACCGACGAAGAAGUGAUUAUAUCGGCCAGACAUGAAGCCACCGAGUCCGAUUCUGCAGAAAGCGCUUUUGGCGUGAAGUUGAUUUCCAACGAGCUGCUGCCGCAUAUGAAGUCGAAUUCAGACUGGCCUGUUGUGCGCUCGGGGCAUGGUUCUGACAAGGGUCCGAGGAAGCACAUGGAAGAUGCGCAUGUGAUGGUUGACGACCUGACCAAGUUGUUCGGCGACUUGUCAUUUUCGCGUCAAGGAUCCUUUUAUGGAGUGUUUGAUGGCCAUGGUGGUGACGCUGCUGCGAAAUUCGUGAGCAACCAGCUGCUGGGGAACAUUCUUAGCGAUCCUUCCUUUCCAGAUCGAGUAGGAGAAGCCAUCCGCAAUGCAUUCAUGCGUACCGACCGAGAGCUAGAGACGGCGCAUGCUGUGGCCAGCGAGCCGAUGGAAGCAGGAACAACUGCACUGGCGGUGCUGCUUCUUGGAAAGGCCCUUUACGUGGCUAAUGCUGGUGACUGCCGUGCGGUGUUGUGUCGACGCGGCAAAGUGGUGGAGCUAAGCAGGGACCACCGACCUUCCUGUCAGAUAGAGAGGGAAAGGGUUCAGCUAGCAGGUGGCUUCAUUGUCGAAGACUAUCUCAACGAUCAACUUGCUGUAACGAGGGCCCUUGGCGACUGGCAUUUGCAGGGCAUGAAGAACAGGGCUGCGGAUGGGGAAACAGUGGUGGGGCCGCUUAUAGCUGAGCCAGAGCUGCGUGAGGCAGAGUUGACAGAGGAGGAUGAGUUUCUUGUUAUUGGGUGUGAUGGCCUUUGGGAUGCGUUUCGCCACAGCCAUGAGGUGGUCUCCUUUGCUCGUAGACGAUUGCGUGUUCACAACAACCCUCGGCAGUGCUCACAGGAGCUGGUGGAGGAGGCUAUCCGGAGAGAUUCAUGUGACAACGUGACAGUACUAACCGUGUGCUUUUCGGCACGGCCACCACCACCAUUGCAGCAUCAAGAGUUCAGAAAUUCGCGUCUCAGAAGGAGCUUUUCUGCCAACGAGCUCCAGUCAUCUUAGUGAUGCCCAUGGCCGCAUAUUUUAUUGCUUUGAGCCUGCAAACCUUCUUUUGAUAUAUCCCAUAAUUUUUGGCAACAUGAUAUAAUGCUGACGAGGCCAGCAUAUUUUUGGUUUAUGCAACAGCAGCCUAACCCAUUUUUGUGAAUGGCAGCCUAAUUGUACAUUUGGCAGGUACUGGUGGUAGUCAUGUUGAGCUGUGCAGCUCAACCUUCCCUGUGCGAGCUGCAAUUUUGAAUAAGCCUGCUCGUUGUCUUCCUUGUAGGGAGCAUUAGCAGUGUCAAGCAAUUGCUGAAAUGUGAAUCUUUUUAGAUUGUGCACUGAAAC